AUGGACCACACUCGCCCGGACUCGGCGACGGAGGCAGAGGACGUGGACGAUCCGGAUGGCCGGCUGUACGAGUAUCUGCUGGACAGCGGCGUGCUGAACGACGUGCACACGUUGGCCGAGUCGAUCGUCGGCUCGUCCGUGUCGUCGUCCGACGUGGACGGCGGUGGCGACGACAACACCGACGCCGACUCCGUAGCCCGGCGGAUCGCUGACCGGCUGCUGGAGCAGAACGCCGACGACGUCGAGCGGGCACUGGACGCGGCGGUGCGCGACGCCCUGCUGGUCACCGGGUCGGCCGGCCGGCUGGUGGACCACCGGUGGCCUAGGCUGGUGGACAUCGGGCCGGGCCGGCUGGCGCGCGACACCACCCGUAGCCUAAACGCGCUCGUCCGGUUGCCAUUCACGUACGACACCUACAUGGGUGCGUACUUCCGGCGGCUGACCGAAGGACUGUCCCGCGCCGUGUCGGUGGACGUACAUUUCGGCCUGGCGAUCCGCGUGUACGCCAAGCUCGUGGACAUGGCGCCGGACCCUGAGAGCGCGGCCGAAAGUUUUAGUUCACUGUGCGAGGCCACGCACGCGCGGUGCCUGUUACGGCAGCGCCGCGACUUCGGCAAGACGGUGGCGGCCGUGUCGCUGACGGCCCGGUGCCUGUCUGUGGUCUGCAGACGGGCCGCCAGCUGUCGCGGGGCCGUCAAACCAGCUGUCGUCGAAUUCGUGGCCACCAUUGCGGCCGACCCCGGUGGCCGUGGUCCGUACGCCGUUUUGUGCUGCGCCGAUCCGACUGCCACUUGGUUCGACACCGUUUCUAAGUACCACUCGUCCCGGUCCGCCUUUUUCCAGUGCCUUGACGGCGAUCGGAGACUGCUUCGGGCCGUUGUAUCUGGUUUCCACGAGUGGAUCGCCGAACCCGAGAUCCCCCGACGGUCGGACAUAGCGGACAUAGCGGCCGUGGUACGGUACGCCCGUGCGCUGCACGCCACGUACCUGUUGGCCAAGAUGUUCAGAUACCGCUCCGCGAUAGCAAUGUUCCCGGUCAAGGUGUCCAGAACGCUGCGGAUCCACGCAGCCGGUAUAUCGAACCACUGUCUCGGAUUUCUGUCCGCCAACCGCCGGUGCGUUCCUGCGACGUUGACGAACGGCCUCUGCCUGCUGGUGGCCGCGAUUGCCGCUUUCCAGCCUGAGACGCUUGACUCUGUCGCGGAAAACGCUUUCGGCUUGCGCAUACUGGCCAAGGUCACCGAGCGUUCAGCCACGUUGCCUGCAGCGUGCCAACAGUUGGUGGAUGGAUUGUUCGAGAAAAGGCGCUGGAAGGAUACCUGCGGCGCGGACGUGGAUUCCCUGACGGCGGUCGCGGCCACGAUGACUGGUAGUAGUCACGAUGAGAUCUGGCGGUUGGUCACCAGGAAGAUGUCGUUCCUGGAAAACGCGGCCGCCGGUGACCCUGACCUCGGCCGUCGACGGCAGCUCUUGACCAACGUGCGUGGGACGCCGCUGGGCACGUCCACGUACGACAUGCUGCAGCGGGGAGACCCGACGACGUGCCGUGACGACUUUGAUUGGUCGGAUCCGCGACAGCUGUUGAUGGUGAGCGUGGCCUGCACCACGGCCGCCGGCAGACGCUGGCUUGGUCAGACGGACGCUUUCGGUUCGCUUGACGGAUUCGUAGCGACCCAUUCUCGUAAAACGGAAGUCUCUCUCGACCCGGGCGGUGACCGGAAGUCGCUCGACUCGAUCGUCCGCGUCGCCUACUCCUGUUGCCCGUCGAUCGGAGGGUUAAACGUUGUACUUGACCAUUGCUGUGACGACGGUUCGGGCCCUGUAAUAACCGGGAUAACGACACUCACGAAACUUUACUACGCUUCGCUCCAAAAUUUUGAUGGUCAUCCCAUUCCGAGAGACGUUCUCGUGAUGCUGUGGCUGCGUUUAGUACAAGCCGCCACGCACACGUUCAGCUCACGUGUUUACACGGACUUAAAACUAAACUAUCAAGAAACAUUAUUAAAACUGUCCGCCGAAAGCCGUACAGAAGACCAAAUAGUUUUCGUCGACGAAACAACUGAACUUUUGACAAAAUUACAACGCCCUCUGCUGUCGGACGGCACUGGGUGUGCCACCGAAUCUACCCCUGGCACUCUGGCCGGGUUUUUGGCAAAUACUAAUCAACAUCAAGGCGGUGCCUGGUUACAGAGGGUUCGCUCUAUAAUAAUCCGUUCCGACCAGAUAACCGGAACGGAGACGAUGGAUUUAAUAGCGUCGGUCGGCCGUCGCCGUUUUGAUGGCCAACUCGACCUGGGCGCUUUCGAUCGUAAAUUAAACCUAACCGAUUUCGAUGUCACCGGAAUUCGAUUGGCGCUGAGGUACGGAUCGAGCGUCGGGUUGGUGGCCGAAGAUUCGGCGGCGUCCUCGGAGCUCGAACAACUAUACAGUCGUGUCGAAAGACGAGGAUCGCCGUGGCUAUUCGAUUGCAUGACUUGUACGUUGUUUAUAGCGUCGCGAGGAUCGGAAAACGGAUGCGUCGAGGCUUGCGCCGUACUGCUCAGACUCUUCGAAACAACCCGAUACGUUUGGCCGCCGGCAUUUGACGAGGACGACGACAGGAGAGCUGCUUUUGGUCAUUUGAUUGAAGGGCUGUUGCAACAAGAACAACCCGAAGUGUACAACGCGUUUAAGAUGUCUGGUGUCUCUUGGUGGCUUCUGUGCUCCGGCUGGGUGUCCGACUGUUUUUGGGGUCGUCUUAGCUGGCCCGAAAUUUGCCGAUGGAUGUGCCUGGUCGUCGUGCAUUCGGUCGACUACCAGGCCUUUUUUUUCAUCUGUCUGGCUGUGUCUCAAAAGCGCCGCUGGUUGGAGGCGUUCAACUUGGGCCGGUUUCACGAAACCGUUUUCCAGGGUGACUUUUGCGAUUUCCGACUGGCUGACCAUGCCAUUUAUCUAGAGGAAUUGGCGAAAAAGCACCAACGGUUCAUAUCGAAAAAACUCGCUGCCGAAUUCGAUAUGAAUUAG